CUACUUUAUUUUUCGUAUUUUACAAUAAUUUAUACACAAUUAUUAUGCUCUUACUAUAUUUCCUAGUCACAGAUAUCUAUUAAUCUGUGUCCUAGUUACGUACGCUUGUCGUCUUAUUGUUUGCUAUCAGCUGAUCGAAAUGUACAAUUAGUGAAUCAAAGAAAGGAUAUAAAUGGAUAAAAUGGAAAAGAGAUGUUCACCUGCCGAAAUUGAGCAGAAACGUUUGCUAGCAUUACAAAGGAGACAACAAGCUCAAUUGAAAAUGCAAACUACACCUAAAAAUAGUCCAUUACAACAAUCAAACUCUAAUGAUGGUACAAAUGUUAUGAGACCAAAUAAAUUAAACAAUCGUUUUAACCCCAUGGAAGCAAAGAACUUUUUUAGUCGAACUUCGAUUUUAACAAGCAAAUGUUAUAUGAUUAGCAAUGAGAGAUUUGCGAUAGAUAUAUCAACAUUUGAUCCUACAGUUAUUGAUACAUUCAAAACACUUCCAAGCAAAUCAUAUGAUGUAAAAACUAGAAUAUGGGAUUUUCAUAUCAAUGAUUAUGACAGUUUAAUACAAAAAUUGAAGAACCAUAAGUCUAACAUAUCUGUCAAUGGAAUACCACAAAAUAUUCUCCAAAUAUUCAAAAAAAGAUUAAAGCCAGAGCAAGAAAAUAUACUUAAACAGGAUCUGUCAAAAAUAGAUAACAAAUUAAUAAGCAAUUUAAUGCCGUUUCAACAAGAAGGCGUUUGCUUUGGUAUAUCAAAAGGUGGUCGUUGUAUGAUUGCGGAUGAUAUGGGUUUAGGGAAAACUAUACAAGCAUUAGGCAUAGCACAUUACUUCCAAGAAAGCUGGCCACUUCUAAUUGUAGUUCCUUCAUCAGUUAGGUAUCAAUGGUCUGAAGCAAUAUAUGAAUUUUUGCCAUCUAUACCUGUGCAUUAUGUUCAUCAUUUUCUAAAUACAAAGGAUUGUAUUGGAGAUGAGAAAAUUACUAUAAUUUCAUAUGAAAUAUUAUCGCGAGCUGUAAUUACAUUCGAGAAACAUAUGUAUGGAUUUGUUAUUCUGGAUGAAUCUCACGCAUUGAAGAGCAAUAAGACUGCAAGAUUUCAAGCUGCUCAACGGAUAUGCGCCCAUGCGCGUCAUGUUGUAUUACUUUCUGGCACUCCAGCUUUGUCAAGACCAAUUGAACUACAUUCUCAAAUCAGUCUGAUUUUACCACGUUUUAUAAGCUAUGAAAAUUAUGGUGUACGAUACUGUGCAGGGCAGAUGACAGAUUAUGGUUGGAAUUUUAUUGGUUCCUCAAAUGCGAAAGAGUUAGAAGUAUUGUUAAAGACCACUUGCAUGAUUCGAAGAUCGAAAACUGAUGUGUUAAGCCAAUUGCCAUCUAAAACAAGGCAAGUGAUUAUUUUAGACCCUCAUUUGAUCAAAACUGAUAAGCAAAUGACCAAAAUAGAAAAAAAAUUACAAAAGUCAAUGAUCACAGGUAGGGAGAAACAUAAUACUUUACUGGAAUAUUUUAGGGAGUCUAGUUUUGCAAGAAUUAAAGCAAUAUGCAAUUAUGUUACGGAUUUAUUUGAAAAUAAGAAGAAGUGCCUUUUGUAUGCUCAUCAUCGCAAUGUUUUGGAUGCCAUUUGCGAAGUUGCUGAAUCUAAGGGGAUAGAAUAUAUAAGAAUAGAUGGCCAAACUAAUCCAGAGGAAAGAAAACUUCAAGUUGAUAGAUUUCAGGAAUGCGAUAAUUGCUUGGCAGCAGUUUUAUCAAUUACUGCUGCAAAUGCUGGCGUUACAUUAACAGCUGCGCAUCUAGUGGUCUUUGCUGAAUUAUAUUGGAACCCUGGUAUUUUAUGCCAGGCAGAAGACCGAGUGCAUAGAAUUGGACAAAACGAAAACGUUUUGAUACAAUAUCUGGUGGCGAAAAACACGGCAGAUGAUCAUUUGUGGCCUUUGAUAAAAAAAAAGCUGAGUGUUUUGAAUGAGGUUGGCCUCAAUCAGGAUUUAUCGAUAAAUAAUGUUGACACCUCGUCGCAGAAAGAAUACGGACAACGAGAUCUGACUUCCUUUAUGAAUAUCUCUUUGUCGCCGGGAGAGCAAUCACAAUCGCAGGAUGAUGAGAAGAAUAAUUCAGUUUCAAAAGCAUCUUCCUCUGCGAAAGAUCUUAAAGAAAUGCUCGAAAUCGAUGAAGACUAUUUCGAUUCCUGCAGUUGGGACGAUAUUGCUUGACUGUGUAAUGAUUUUUGGUUGCGUUACAAAAUUCUAUCUUUUUAUAAACAAAAACUAUAUUUAGUAUGUUGAAAAAAAAUAAAGCUCUAUCACCCUCAGAGGAAAAUUUCAUAAGUGA